GGGAGAGACACACACACACACAGAGAGAAAGAGAGAGAGCAGCACACAAUUUACUGCCUGCAAAGACUUCUAUUCAUCAACAAGGAUGUCUCCGCAGCCAGCGCAGCCGACUCUCUCUGCCUCUCAGCUGCAGUCUCUGCUCCAACAUCAAGCCCUUCUCCUCCAACAGCUUUACAAGAAACAACAACUUCAGCUACAACUUCAGCUGCCGCACAAGAAGGUUAAGGAGGUUGCUUCACCCCAGCUGAUGUUCCAGCAGCUCUUCCGACUCCAGCAGUACCAGCAGCAGCUCCUGAGUCUACAGCGGCCGACGCCCCCUUGUCCAGCAGCCCCACAAGAGGUCCACCAGAUAUGGAAUGAGUUGAUCAACGGCCUACGAGAAGAUAAAAGCACAAAGAAGGACAGGACCACAUUCCCCGCAUACCCAAUCAAAAUCCCAGCGACUGAGAUCAACAACCCGCGAUCUCCCUCCCCACUCCCUACAGAAUGCGUCGGUGAAACAGCUUCACACCAUCUCUACGCUCACGGCCUGUGCAACUGGCCUGGCUGUGAGCUUGUGUGUGAGAGCAUCAGCCACUUUCUCAAGCACCUUGUGAGUGAACACACCCUGGACGACCGGACCAGCGCCCAGUGUCGAGUCCAGAUGCAAGUGGUCCAGCAGUUAGACCUCCAGCUCUCUAAAGAACGGGAACGACUCCAGGCAAUGAUGGCUCACCUCCACCUGCCACCUUUGGGUGCCCCCUCUCUGGCAGCACCUAUGGGUGUUCUUCCGCCUCGACCUGAAACGUCCGAUGACCCGUUCAGUCCACAGCCCAGAACCGUCGUCUCCAGCAGCUCGCCCUGCCCCAGCCUCCAGGAGACGGCCCCCCCUGUCGGAGCUCCGUCCCGGGGGGGGGCCGGUUCAGGUUUGGGGUCCCCCACACGGACACUGGGGGGCUGGGGGGCCAUGAGGAGAUUGCAUCGGCCGUCUCUCUCAUCUUUGUCCUCUGAGGAUGAGUUUGAGCUGUACAGGCAUACUGACAUCAGACCACCUUUUACCUACGCAACCCUGAUAAGACAGGCUAUAAUGACGGCAUCAGAAAAGCAGUUAACACUCAACGAGAUAUACAACUGGUUCACGAGCACGUUUGCGUAUUUCCGGCGAAACGCUGCGACGUGGAAGAAUGCUGUGCGACACAAUCUGAGCCUCCACAAAUGCUUUGUGCGGGUGGAGAACGUGAAGGGGGCCGUUUGGACGGUGGACGAGGUGGAGUUCCAGAGGAGGAGGUCCCAGAAGCUGACAGGAAGCCCCUCUGCGAUGAAACCCGUGCCGUCCAGUCGGGCCGUGGGGUCGACCUCAGGUGUGGGUCUACAGACGGCCGUUGUUGAGACGACCGUUCCUGGAUUGCAGUGUAUCCGAGGUUCAGGGGCACACAGUGAGAGGGACAGAGAGACGACACGCUGCCCCUCACAAGGCCAGCAACCCCGCUUCAUGAAGGAGGAGGUGCUGAGUUCAGAAGAGGAUCUGGGGUCACCCAGCCCCCCGUUCGUCCCUGAAUGACCCCUGACCCCUUGCAAUGUUAAAACAAAGACAACAAAGUGAACAAAAUACGUUGACGGUCAGCAGGGGAUGCAGUUUUUAAUCAUCGAUAUUAUUUGUAUUCUUCUGGAGGAUUUUGAUGACUUUAAUUUGACCUUUGAACUGGAUGUGCUUGUUACCAGUUUGAUGGCAGUAAUCACAGCGAGAACGUCUCAUGGAUCACAGCGUGUAUAUUCAGUUGGCUAAACUAGGGUGACCAGAUUUGAGUUUGUGAA